CAUCAUAUUUUUAUUUUCUUUAAAAAAAAUUGGUCAACAUUAUCAUCAAAGAUUUUUGUCUGUUAUUAUCAUUAAUGUUGCAAUAAUUUGUUUGUAUCGAUACGGAUAUCUUCGUCACAUCGAGAAGCAAAGAACAUAUUCAUUAUUUUAACUUUAUUAUAUACCCAACAGUAAAAACAACAUCAAGAAAAUGAUGCACAACUUUCAUCUGCUUAGAAAUCCAAAUUUUCGACUGAACAAAGUUUCUCCUUUGGAUAAUGGUACAUUAGUGACGUUCAUCAAUAAUUACAUGUACGCUAUGAUUGGAAUGUUUAAUGAUUUUACUGAGCAUCUGGAGACGAAAUUAAUCACUUUGAAUCGUAAGAUCGAUAAUAUCUCUGCUAAUUUAGUCAUCCUUGAAAUGAAACUUAAUAGUGUGAAUAGUACAUUACUAAGCAAUGAUAUCGGUGCCGAUGUUAAUUUGAAUACGGUAGAACAACAUAAUCAAGUGAUGACCGUGCCGGAAAUGCUUAAUGUUGAUAAGGAUGGGAUAAAUGUACAAGAUGAUACGAAAAUUUAUACAACGGAAACAGUGAUUGAUCAAACGACAACAUCUCAACAUCAACAAAAAGAACAAAAUGAUUCGAGUUCAUCAGAGCCUGAAACGAAUUUGUCAAAUAAUAAUAAUUCAGAACAGAAUGAAAGUUUAGAAAUGUACAAGCGAAUGCUUAGAUUCGGUGUGAAUGAAAAUGCCGUUCGUCAGAAAAUGGUCAUUGAUGGCAUCGAACCUUCAUUAUUGAAUUUAUAAAUGAAAAUUAUUGAUUUUCUAUUAAAAUUCUAUUAAUCCAAUGAAGAAAAUGAGAGACGGCCGUAUUAACGCCCGGAAAAUUAUCCGCACAUGUCACACCAAAAUCAAUGAUACCGAAAAGAAUGGCUCGAUCAUUUCUAUAGGCAAAAAAUGGACCACCAGAAUCCCCCUAAAAUAUUUUUGAAUAAAUUUCAAAUUAUAAUGAAAUAAUAAUAAUUUGAUUCAAAUGAUUAAACAAUCUUACACUACAGGCAUCUUUAUUCAUUGUA